ACGCACACUUCCGUUCCGCCAUUACAAAUAAACGUAAUGCACAUUGCUCAACAAACAACAAACCCACUUUGUCGUUAACCGUGUCGGAAGCAACAGCUUGGCGGUGGAGAAAAGUGAAAACACGUUUAUUCUUGUGAAGUUUAUUUUCUUUUGAAAAGCCUUCAGGUGUGAAACAAUGAGUAGUAGAGGAAGGGCACAUGGUCGUGCCAGAGGAACCCCUGUGCCUGGGGGUCAACAACAAGGUGCUGCUCGUCCAGGAGGUCAGUCUCAACAAGGGCCACCUCAGGGUGGAGCAUGGGGUAACAGGGCUGGAGGACCUCCUCCCCAACAAGGGCCUUCUUCUCAGCAAGGUCCCCCACAAUUCCAGGGACUACCUAGCGCAUGGUCAGGAGGUGGAAGAGCUCGUCAACAGCCACCAUCUCAACAGAAACAACCGACUCCACCAGUGAGCUGGGGAGCUAGACCGCCAGCACCUGAAGUUCCUACGCAAACUGUUGGACGUGGCUCCAGACAAGGUGGCGGAGAUGAUCGUGCAGUUACAGGUGAUGUUCAACAAGUUGUUCAAGGGGGAGACCAAGGAAACCUGGCGAACAAAAGGGGAGGAGGUGGAAACGGUGUUCGCGGUCGCCAGGACAGAAACCAAAUCAUUAACACUAAACCUCAACACAUUCAAACCAAGAAAGGUGUUGAUGGUACAUCAAUUCUUGUGAAAGCAAACUAUUUCCCAUUGAUUUCUGCUACUAAAUGGGGUCUGAAUCAGUACCGUGUUGAUUUCAAUCCCAACAUCGAGGAUACAAGAACGCGUAAGAAGUUGGUUGCUAUUGGCAUUCGACCAUUCCGUGUUACCGGAUAUCUUUUUGACGGCACUGUCCUUUGCACACCCAACAGACUGCACCCAGACCCAUGCGAGUUCACUGUUAAGGAUGAAGUCACUGAACAAAAUGUCCAGGUAAAUAUACGCAUGGUGGGAGAAAUAGCAUGGGGUGAUUGGACCUACCUCCAGCUGUUCAACAUUAUAAUCAGAAAAUGCUUGGCCUUUAUGAAGUUUCACUUGUUGGGACGAAACUACUUUGACCCUACUCUUAAAGCAACUUUACAUGAGCACAACUUGGAAAUUUGGCCCGGUUUCCUCACAGCUAUGAGGCAAUACGAAAAUAGCAUCAUGUUGAACGUCGAUUUGUCUUUUAAGGUUUUAAGAUUGGACAAAGUUUACGAUCUGCUUUUGGAGUGUGGCCAAUCACGAAACCCGAAACAAGAGUUUCAACAGAGAGUUAUUGGUGCUAUUAUACUCACUGAGUACAAUAAUAAAACAUACAGGGUAGAUGACGUGGACUUUACACAGAAUCCUAACUCUAAAUUCACAAAAAGAGAUGGUUCACAAAUUUCAUACGUAGACUAUUUCCAAGAUAGAUACCACGUUAGAAUUAAUCACAUGGAUCAGCCACUGUUGAUUUCUAGAAGUAAACCUCGCGAAAUCAGAGCUGGAAUGCCGGAGUUGGUCGUUUUGGUACCAGAAUUGUGUGUUAUGACUGGCUUGACCGAUAAGCAAAGAGAAAAUUUCCAAUUGAUGAAAGCCAUGGGAGAGCAUACACGGGUUAGUGCUGGAGACCGUAUGCGUAAACUACUCAAAUUUGCUAAGCGCCUACAAGCUUGUCCAGAAGCGGUAGAAGAAGUGCGACGUUGGGACUUGCGUCUCGCCGACAACCUAGUUGAAAUCCAGGCUCGCGUUAUGCCCCAAGAACCCUUACUGUUGCGCAACAAUCAACCCAUUACCGGAGGAGAUGAGGCCGACUGGACAAGAAAUCUGAGAGUAGCUCCUAUGUAUUCCAUAGUAAAUAUCGAGAGAUUGGCCAUAAUUACACCACAAAGAUCUUAUGGGGAAGCUAAUGAAUUUAGCGGAAUCCUACAGAAAGUCGGCAGAGGGAUGUCGAUGACCAUUAACAGUAAAAUAUUUUCUAUUAGCGAUGAUCGACCGCAGACCUAUUUGGCUGAAAUAGAAAGAUUGGGCGGAUCCAUGCAGCCGACAAUGUUCAUGGUUAUAUUACCCAACAAUUCUGGAGAUCGUUAUAAUGCCGUUAAAAAGAAGUGUUAUGUUGAUCGAGCAUACCCGUGUCAAGUCAUGGUGGCACGUAACCUUAGGAGCAAAGGAGUGAUGUCUAUCGCGACGAAGGUUGCAAUUCAAAUGAAUUGUAAAUUGGGCGGCGCGCCCUGGGCUACAACCAUGCCAAAACGAAUCAUGGUUUGCGGAUAUGAUGUGUGUCGCGACACAGCGAACAAGGGUAAAAGUUUUGCAGGAAUGGUUGCUUCAAUGGACGCCGCAUGCUCAAGAUAUUACUCUAUGACUGUUGAACACGAACAUGAGCAGGAAUUAAGCACCAAUAUCGCUGCUUACAUGUUCAUGGCCUGCAAAAGAUACCAGAACGAGAACCAAGGGGCUUUACCUGAUCGCAUUAUUAUAUACAGAGAUGGUGUUGGCGAUGGACAAAUUCCGUACGUUAAAGAACAUGAAGUUGACCUUAUUAAACAAAAACUAGCUGAGCUCUACACCGAUCAACCACUGAAAAUGGCAUUUAUUAUUGUCUCCAAACGAAUUAACACUAAGAUCUUCCGCAGUCAAGCUGGUCCCAAGAAUGACUUUAAUCCUCCACCAGGAACAGUUGUUGACGAUGUUAUCACCCUCCCCGAAAGAUACGAUUUUUACCUGGUCUCCCAAUGUGUCAGACAAGGAACAGUGGCGCCCACUAGCUAUAACAUUAUCGAUGAUUCCCUGGGCAUCGACGCCAAUAAGAUUCAAAGAUUUACUUAUAAGAUGUGUCAUAUGUACUAUAAUUGGUCUGGUACAGUGAGGGUACCGGCACCGUGUCAGUAUGCUCAUAAGUUAGCAUUCUUAACUGCUCAGUCCCUACACAGGCCAGCCAGUGCAGCCCUCAGCGACACUUUGUAUUAUUUGUAAAGUGUUCCUAUAUUUGUAAGGCGUUUUUAUAUUUUAAUUUUCCAGAAUUUUGCUUUUCUUUCUCGACAUUUAUGUUUUAAGAAUAUAUUUUUUGUUUUUAGUGGGUAUUUAUUAUACCCAUGUUACUUAGGGUAUUUCCUCUUACUGAGCACUCACGCGCGGUUUUAGAAUUUAGUCGUUUGUUACGUUAAUUAAACGUUUUUUUUAAGA